AUGGACGAACAGGUGUUCAAGGGGGACCCGGACACCCCUCAUUCCAUCUCCUUCUCGGGCAGCGGAUUCCUCUCCUACUACCAGGCUGGGGCCGUGGAUGCCCUGAGAGACCUGGCCCCCCGGAUGCUGGAAACGGCCCAUCGCUUUGCAGGGACGUCAGCAGGUGCCGUGAUUGCAGCCCUGGCCGUCUGCGGGAUUGAGAUGGACGAGUACCUCCGAGUCCUCAACGUGGGCGUGGCCGAGGUGAAGAAAUCCUUCCUGGGGCCCUUGUCCCCGUCCUGCAAGAUGGUGCAGAUGAUGAGGCAGUUUCUGUACCAGGUCCUGCCCGAGGACUCCUACAAGGUGGCCACGGGGAAGCUCCACGUGAGCCUCACCCGCUUCACCGACGGCGAGAGUGUCGUGGUCUCAGAGUACACGUCCAAGGAGGAGCUCAUCGAGGCCCUCUACUGCAGCUGCUUCGUCCCCGUCUACUGUGGCCUCAUCCCCCCAACAUACCGUGGCGUGAGGUACAUCGAUGGGGGGUUCACAGGCAUGCAGCCCUGUGCCUUCUGGACAGACUCCAUCACCAUCUCCACCUUCAGCGGGCAGCAGGACAUCUGUCCCCGGGACUGCCCCGCCAUCUUCCACGACUUCCGCAUGUUCAACUACUCCUUCCAGUUCUCCCUGGAGAAUAUCGCCAGGAUGACUCAUGCCCUGUUCCCCCCGGACCUGGUGAUGCUGCACGACUACUACUACCGAGGGUACGAGGAUGCGGUUCUGUACUUAAGGCGGCUGAAUGCCGCUUACCUUAACUCUCCCUCCAAGAGAGUGAUUUUCCCCCGGGUGGAAGUAUAUUGCCAGAUAGAACUUGCCCUUGGCAAUGAGUGCCCCGAACACAGUCAACCAAGCCUCCCGGCACAGCGGGCCAGUCUGAAAGAAUCCACACCACCUCACACGGAGUGGGCUCCCAAAGAGGAUGGGAAAGGUGGCCGUGGUCCACCUGUGUCCCCACCCAGGCAGAUGCCUGAAUCCACAUGUGAGCAGCCCAUGGAGUCUCCUGUUUCACCACUUGUCUCUUCGUUUGAGCAGUCACUUGCAUCGCCAUCGGCCUCAUCUCUGCCACAUUCUCCAGAUGACAUGCCACCUGUAUCACCCCCAGCUGUGCACACACCACCCAGCCCCACACUGGGCUCAUCACUGCCUAUCACGCCACCUGGGCUGUCACCUGUGUCACCUCAGCUGCAGGAACAGACCUCUGGAUUGCUUCCCAGAUCCCCGCCUUCCCAGGCAUCGACAUCGCCCAGGCCAUUCCUGGGGUCUUUGACUGUGGGAACACCUCAAACAACGCCCCGAGGUUCUUCUUCACCCUCACCUGCACAGUCACCUGUGGAAAAACUGAGCCCAGAACAGCCCCAAGCGCCCUCCGCCUCCUCAGAUCCAGAAAGCACCACGACUCUGGUUCACGGGAAGGAUGCCAUCAGCAGGACGGCCGUAAUGGAGAACCCUGCUGAAAACUCAAACUGGAUAAAUAAGAUCUUUAAGAAGAACAGACAAAAGACAAGUGUCAAUAGAAAAGGCUUCCCAAGACAACCGAGACCUAAGAAGCCAAGCAACAAAGUGCAGUGA